GAAAGAGGAAGCUGGGUUUGUGUAACAGUCUUACACAGAUCACUUCUCUCUGCAUUUCCUGUAAAUCAGCACCUUGACAGUUAUGCUAUAGCGUCUACACGAGAAAAUAUGAUGAACAGAGUUUUGUGCGACAUUGAUUGCGAACAUAUGCAACAUUUGGGGGGUUGUUUUUCAUUAUCUGAAGUAAGGGUCAAAGGACACAAGGUGUUGUGUGGUGUACAGAGUGUGUAGCCCCCUGAGGCAAAUUGUGAUUUGUAGUAUUGGGCUAUAUUGCAGGCCCCACAGAGUGUCCAUGACUUUUGACUAUCUUAGUGUUUAACAUGUUUAUCUUAUUUUCUCGUUGGCAGUGAUGGGAAUACAUCAUUGUCUCCCAAACUGGGAGUGUGGGUGUAUUUUUUACACAUGAUAGGGUGUGCUUUUUUCUUUAGGAUGGAUUGACUCACACUAAUUAGCAAAAACUGCAACUAAUGCAUACAAAAAAGCUGCAAGGCAGAGGUCUGUGGUGAAGUGUUAUUCACAUGCAAAUAGUGGGGGUUUGAAAGCAGCUCUCCAUGUUUCUUGGAAGUCAUGUGAUGUACAGCUAACCAAUCGGUUUCUGUCACUCACAUUAGGAACAUUUUAGAUUGGGCACUGUCCUCACUGUAACUGUCUGAACUCUGACAAACCUUUCUAUAGUUUCUUAUAAGAGUAAAGACACUGGAAGUCGACUUUUCUUGCAGCUGAACAACUCAAAGCAACUCAUUGGCUGGUGUCCUCUUGUCUCAUCUGUUUCAACAUUAAGACUCCAGUUAUCAAGGAUUACCAUGGAGAGUGGACAAUGGGCUGAUGACAUUAAAAAAGCACUAGAAAAUAAUGAUCGGGCCUUAGCUGUAAAAAUUAUCCAGGAGAAUUUGGACAAGGAGAAUAAUACUCCAAUAAAUAUUGCCGUCACAGGAGAGUCUGGCUCUGGUAAAUCCACCUUCGUUAAUGCCUUCAGAGGCAUAAAUACUGGGGAUGAGGGAGCUGCUCCUACUGGUCCUGUAGAAACCACCACACAGGCUACACCAUACCCCCAUCCCAACUAUCCCAAUGUCACACUGUGGGAUCUUCCUGGUAUUGGCACUCCCAGAUUUCCAGCUGACAACUACCUGAAGCUUGUUGAAUUUGAAAGGUUUGUCUUCUUCAUCAUCAUCUCAGCUGAUCGCUUCAGAGAAAAUAAUGUGAAGCUCGCUAAGGAGAUUCAGAGGAUGAAGAAAAAGUUCUACUUUGUUCGCUCAAAGAUUGACAAUAACUUACGUGAUGAGGAAAGAUGCCAGAGGUCAAAGUUCAAUGCAGAAAGGACUCUUCAACAAAUCAGGGACAACUGCAUUCAGGAGGAAGAGAGACAGCAACACAGAGCUGCUUGAAUACCUGGAGAGGGCAGGUGAGAGGUUCUCACAGCACAGCAAGGACCUGAAUGAUGCCCUGCUGCAGAAGCUGGAGACUGACACCAAUGUGUUUCUUGGA